AUGUCUGAACCUGAGUUGGAGGCAGAAGUGGAGGAUGGGGUGUCUGAUACUUCACCCAUGAUGCCUGGGCCCCCCUCACUCAGCCUGAAAGUUCCCCAUCUUCGCCCAGAGCCCCUGGGUCCUGCUGGGCGCUGCCUCUGGGUGCUGAUGCUGGCCACUGCCAACCUGACCCUCCUCCUUCUCCAUCUGCUGCUGCCCAUUGCUGUGUUCUCUUUGGCCCUGCUGCCGUCGGCUGCUGUGGUCUACGUGGGCUUUCACUGUCACUCCAGGGUGCUGCGCUCGGACUCCCGCCCGUGCCGGGCCCUGCUGGACGACCGCAGUUCGUCCGCGCUUAUUGUCCUGGGCUUCCUGACGCUGCCCCCUCUGCUGGUGCUGGCCUCAGCGGCCUAUGGCCGUCUCAUCCACCACCUGUGCCAGCUGCUGCCACUGCCGCCACCGCCCUGGGCCUCAGCCUGCGCCCGGGGCUCCUCAACCAAGCCCCAGGGAAGCUGCCUGGAAACCCAGGGAGGCUGCCUGGAAACCCAGGGAAACUGCCUGGAAAGCCAGGGCAGGUGGGAGGGCGACAGUCAAGCUCGGGAUUGGGUGUGA